CGGUAGCGUUUUGAUUUGAUCGUGUGAUAGUUUUAGUCAAUUUUUUUUAGUUUUAGUGUAACAGUGUUUUUGAUUACGAACAACCGUGUAUGAUCACUUCAGUGACGUUUUUUUAAAACUCAACAAACAGUUCUGCCCUUUAUUAAUACUAAAAAUGAACUGGUUGUUGGCGGUCCUGUACUUGGUGGGCGGCGCAUUGUCAGCCAGUUGGUUGGUUUGGAGAUACAAAAGAAGAAGGAUGUUAGAGAUGGCCAGCAAACUGCCAGGUCCAACCGCGCUUCCACUCUUGGGGAACACGCUUGUGUUUAUGAGCCGUCCAGAAGAAACUGUGAACAAAUUAGAAGAACUCAUGCAGAAGUACGGUGAAAUCUAUAGAUUCUGGCUGGGGCCUGAACUAAAUAUUGUUGUGAGAAACCCAGCGUAUAUCCGUUCUUUACUAUCAAGUACAAAAGUAAAUCAGAAAGGGCCAGUGUAUGAUUUUAUGGUACCAUUCAUCGGCAGUGGAAUUUUAUCGGGAGGACCAACCUGGCGCUCUCAUAGGAAAAUAGUGAUUCUCUCUUACAACAAGAAGUCGGUGGAGAACUACUUUCCUGUCUUCAACAAGGAGUGUGAGGAGCUGGCCAAGGUUAUCAGUCAGAAAGAACCGGUGACCUUUGAUUGCUACAAGGAUAUACUCAGAAGUACUACGCAAAGUGUUAAUCAAACACUAAUGGGGUUAUCUAAAGAAGAUUCAGAACAAGUGUACAGAUUGGAAGAAAUAAUAUUUAAAACCCAUGACAUGUACACUCUAAUAUUCAACAAAAUGACAAAAUGGUGGUUACAAGUACCGUUAAUAUACUGGUUGCUUGGCAAGAAGAAGCAGCACGACUACUACCUGAAGCUGAUAGAUGACGUGAUGGAAGAUAUCGUUAGACGGAGGAAAAAAGCCUUAGAGGUAUCCAAGCCUGAUGAGGAGUGCAUGGGUGUUGUGGACAGACUUAUCCUGUCUGGAGAGCUCACUGACAAGGAGAUCAAGGAGGAAACCAUGACCUUAUUUACUAGCAGCCAAGAGGUAGCGGCUAAAAUAGCAGCUGGAGUCCUUAUGUUCCUAGCACACUUGCCGGAAUGGCAGGAUAAGGUGUACCAAGAAAUAAUAGAUGUGGUCGGACCUGAUGGUCCAGUCACCAAUGAGCAGUUGAAGCUGCUGGAGAACCUGGACAUGGUGUACAAGGAGACACUGCGGUAUUUCCCAAUAGGAGCGAUGAUACAGAGGACUGUGAUCGAAGAUAUUUCUAUUAAAGAUGGAAGCAUCACCAUCCCAGCCGGUACAUCGCUGGUGAUACCAAUCCACAGCCUGAAUCGCGACCCUCGCUACUGGGAACACCCCAAUAAAGUUAUGCCGGAGAGGUUCCUCCCGGAGAACGUGGAGAAACGUGACCCUAACGCCUUCAUACCUUUCAGUUUGGGACCUAUGGAUUGUUUAGGUCGAACAUACGGCACGGCUCUCAUCAAGACGCUAGUGGUGUGGGUGCUUCGGUACGCAAAGUUAGAACCCGCGGUUUCCCUGGACAAUAUACAGCUGGACAUCGCCAUCUCUGUAACCAGCUUUCAUGGUUAUAAUAUCAAAGCUAGACCAAGAAACGGAAGAAUCAAUGGACUAUCAUGAAUUAGUACUUAAGUUUUAUUGGUAUGAUUGCGAGUGUGAAGUUGUUAUUGAUGUAGCUCUUAAAUCUACAUACUAAUGUGGUAAUGGUUAGACGAUGUUGCUCGAAGACCGGUCCAUGGCGAGGAAGAUGUUCGUGGUGAAUGUGGACUCAAGGGUGUAAUAUGGGCAGCCAAGUGAAUCAUUGAAGAAGAAAGAAAAACAUUUGACAUCGGACCAGAUGCA